AAUAAUAAAAAUAAUAAUAAUAAUGUUUACUUAUUUAAAAUUAUUGUUAUUUUACUUGAUAUUUCUAUUAUGUAAAUGUCAUGUUCAAUGUUAUUAUACAAAUUUGAGAACAAUUAAUUGGCCUUAUCCAUUAACAUUGUCCGAAGCUAUUCUAACGGAACAAGCUGCAAUCGCUGCCACUGCAUCCAAUUCCGCACCGCCAUCAGCAUCAUCAGCAGCAGCACCGGUGUUAGCAAGAAGACAAUUUGUUGGACCAGAUCUUGACUAUUAUCCAACAUGGUCUGAAUCGUAUUUAUAUUUGAAACCACAAAGAAAUAUUGAUGAAGAAUUGAGACGAUUAAAAGCGGAACCUCCACGAGGAUUACCCAAUGUUAUGAGAUAUGGUUAGUCAGAGAGAGAGAGAGAGACAGAGAGAGGAAAUGUAAACAAUGAAAGUUUUUUUUUGUUUUUGAAAAACAAUGUAUUCGCAUAACUAUGGACAAUAUUGAAUCAACACAUGUGUUAAUUCUUUUGUAAACAUUUCAAAGAUAUUAUUCUCAUCAUCAUCAUCAUGAUUAUUGUUACAAGGUAAAAAUAGAAUAAUAAAAAAGAUACAUAAAUACUUAUGCGA